GCCAUUCAUUUUAUCAACCGACAGCUUUUUCUUUCGCAUGCUUCCCAAAAUGGAUCAAUUCUCGUUUUUCUUCCAGGACGAAGCGAAAUUUAUUCUAUUAUUGAGCGGAUCAAGAAUUUAGGUCAAAACGAUGGUAUUCACGAUAUGGAUCCAGAAAUCAGCCAAUUUAAAGAUCUGCCAAAGCUUGAAUUAUUACCUCUCCACGCAGGCAUAGACAAUGAGAUUCAGGAAAAGAUCUUUUCACCGCCACCAACUUGUACGUUUACUAGAAGAGUAAUUCUCUCCACAAAUGUGGCAGAAACCUCAAUCACCAUUGAUCAUGUUGUGGCUGUAAUAGAUUCCGGUCUAUUCAAGCAAAAGAUAUAUGAUCCGAUUGAAAAGAUGGAAAGAUUGGUUACAUCUCGCAUCUCCAAGGCCCAGGCAAUACAAAGGGCUGGAAGAGCAGGUAGGACCCAGAAUGGACAGGUAUUGAGGCUUUAUACACAGGACGAGUUUACAAAGUUCAUACCUCAAACUGUCCCAGAAAUACUAAAAGGACGCUGGGAGACGCAUCUUUUAUUCCUUAGUGCACUUGGAAUAGAAAAAAUUGAGGACUUUGAUUUUCCAGGAAGAGACAUCGUUAUAGCUUCUCCGGUCCUU